AUGGAACGAAAGUUUUUGAAUUUGCAAAAUGAAGUGUCCGAGCAUCGCGAGGAGGUGAAGAGGAAUCGUGACUCUUACGAAAACACCAUACAACGCUUGGAGCAAGACGUUGGAACAAACUGCAAAACCCUGGAGCAAACGUUGCUUUCCUUCAAAUCGUGCUUCGCGGAUUGUGUCACGCCAAAAUCGCCACCCUCUCAGCAAGAUAGUAUCACAUCAACAACAUUAUCUGCUACCACUACUACCACUACUGUAAAACCAACAACUACAAUAACAAUGAAACCUAAGCAGUCAUAUUUGUGCAAAGAGAUAGCAUCGAAAAACUCUGGAGUGUAUCUUAUCCGCGUAAGCAACGAUAGUGCACCGUUUAAAGCGUUUUGUGAGAUGGAGUCGUAUGAAGGCGGUUGGAUUGUAAUACAGCAUCGGUUUAACGGCUCGGUUGAUUUUUACCGGAACUGGACCGAAUACCGAGACGGUUUUGGAGAGUUAGACAGUGAAUUUUGGCUCGGAUUGGAGCACAUUCAUCAAAUAACAACGGCCCGUGCACAUGAAAUAGUGAUCGAGAUGAUGGACUUUGAAGACAAUUACAGAUUUGCGCAUUACAAUGCCUUCCAAGUAGGCAGCGAAAGUGAGCAAUACAGCCUGAAAACCCUGGGAUCGUAUUAUGGUACUGCAGGUGACUCAAUGACGAAUUACAAUAAAGGAGCUAAAUUUUCAACAAAGGAUCGUGAUAACGAUGGAUCAACCAAUAAUUUAGCUGCUUAUUGCGAGGGUGCUUGGUGGUACAGUACAAAUAGCUUUUCAAAUUUGAACGGACCAUAUAAGUUUGUUGACAGAAGCAAAUCAAUUUGGUGGUCUACUUUCCAAAACGGAAAUCAUUUGAGCUACUCCAGAAUGAUGAUUCGCUAA